AAGGUGAGAUAGAGGAAGCGAAGAAGGGUGAUAGAGCGAUAGAGAGAGAGAGAGAGAGAGUAAGAGCGAGAGAGAGAGAGAGAGAGAGAGUGUUGUGUUUCCCUCGUGUGUGAGUCCCCCCCCCCAACUUUCUCUCUUACUAUCGGUGUUAACCUUGGGGAAAGAUGAACUAUGAAGAGGAGUCCAUUUGUGUCCUGCUUAUGGGUUACAGUUCUUCUACUUGUGGGCGCCGUACUGGAUAGCUUGCAGACUCUGAGUGGAGGGCUUGGUAGCCUAGACGAGGUGCGGUUGGUUAGUGAUCUGUUUGACAAAAAUGGCUACAACCCAUUGAUUCGGCCAGUUAAAAAUGUAAACGAGACUAUUGUUAUAAGUUUUAGUCUUGCGUUGAGUCAGCUCAUUACCGUGGAUGAGAAAAAUCAAGUUAUGAAAACUAAUGUUUGGCUCCAGAUGACCCAGGUAAACCCACAAUACUAUGCACAAUAUAAUUCCUUCCACGACUCUCCCAACUAA